AUUCUAUUUCUCUAAUUAUGACCCGAACAACCUUCCUACUCAAUAACCCACAUCUAAUUCUACUUCCCUAAUUAACAAUUGUAUUUCUCCACCCUUCUUAAUUUAAUUAAGGUAAGUUUAGGUUAUUCUGAAUUUUCGUGUUUGUCCAUUAGGUGAAUUUAACGCAAACAAUGGAAUUGAUAAAAUAAAAUUAUACCAUUGAAGUAAUUAACAGACUACUACGAAAAGGUAGCUAUUUUUGUUAUAUGUAGGAUUAGAUGAUAUUAAGGUUUUAUUUCCAAUUAUGAUUGUGUUUCCCAUUAAUAUAUUUCCAACGUUAGUGCAUGCAGAGUGGACACAUAUAAUUGCAUUCCACAUACGUACCGGGAAGGGAAUAGAGCCGCGGACUGGCUCUCGAAGCACAGUCUCGUCUAUCCCUACGGAAUGCAUGAGCUUGCUAACCCGCCCUCAGGGCUAGGUCCCAUUCUGCAGGAUGAUGUUAGGGGGGUGUGUUUCGAGCGUCGGAUUGUUCCCGGAACGCUCGGCCCUGCCCUUCCCUCUUAGCCUCCCUCCUCCUCUCUUCUUUGGCGAGUUUCGCCUCCUGUAAUGCAAAAAAAAUAUAAUUGCAUUCCACAUUAACUUCCCCCAUUUAUUGUUAAUAAUCAACGCCUAAUUAAUCUCUCUGUGCCUUAAUCUGUUAUUGGCUCCAACUUCAAAACCAUCUUUUCCAAUUUCCAUCGCCGGAAGAAGCGGCACGAGUCAAACAGGGAGCACGGUAGUCCGCCAUGCGGCAUCGGACGGUGGUCCGCCAUUCGGCGUACAGUGGUCCGCCCGGCAACGUCGGACGGGGUCCGUCCUUGCUCUCCGGCGUCGGUCCGGUGCUUGGUGUUGACGACGAGAAACAACGAUGCUGGGAAGACGAUGAAGGGAGGACGACACCGACAUACUGGGAGAUAUGUUGGGACGACGAUGAAGGGAGGAAGCCGCCGAUAAAAACGGUCGGAAUGAUGCCGGAGGUCAGAGGGAGGAAAGCAAUCGAACGUGAGAUUUGAUUGGGGUGGGUUACAAAUAUGGAGGAGGGCAAAAAUGUCAUUUACUUUAAAAUUGUGGGCGGCAAUUAGUAAUUCUACGGGCGGAAAAUAACAAUCCUCAAAAAUAACACUAGCCAAUAAAAAACUAGCCAUCAACUAGAUUCAAUUUUCUCCAAUAUCUCAAACUAAUAACACUCAUUGAUGACCAUAUAUUUUAUGUGUUCAAUUCAUGCAAAUGGUAACAGAAAUUGAUCAUGACGAUACGAAGUUUUUUUUUUUGUCACGUCAAACAUGCAUGCCAUAGGUCAUGGUGUGAAUUAUCAUUGCACUAACAUGAAAAUAUGCAUAUACCAUCGGUCAUGGUGUGAAUUAUGAAUUACAUUUAACAUAAAUUGAAUAUGAAAUAUACAUGUCGUUCGUCAUGGUGUGAAUCAUCAACAAGUUAACAUAAUGUUAGGAAUGAACGACAAUGAUUGUUCCCAAACGUUUACUCAUCCAAUUCCGUUACAUUCACUCCAUUGAUUCUCAACCCUGCAAGCAUGUCGAGCAUACAUACAAACGACAAGCCGUCACCAGAGUACUUCAUCGGAGUCAAAUCGAUCAAGAUCGAUGGCAAAGCAAUUCUAUUGAAUAAAAGCUAUGUUAUCCAUAAACAAAAAUGGUCAUGAACGGACUAAAAUUAGCACAAGUUAUUACCCAUACACAGCUCUGCACACUUCAAUAUACAAUUCCUUGGUCAAGGAGUUCACGAAAUGGAUAUGAUCACAGGGCAUGAAAAGGGUCGGAGCCGUGGUACCGUUUGAGCCUUGAGGCAUGAUUUAACUCCACGGGCAUUUUCAGCACCCGGGUCGGGGCAAGUGUCCCUGUGAUCACCCUUGCGUUGAAGGGCAGAAAGCUUUUUGGAGCAUGUUUGGAUCGAACUCGACGGUUGAAGUGAAGAAGAGUGUACCAGUUGGAGAAUGUCCUGUUGCAGUUUAAUGUUGCUGGGAAAAGGUUAGGGUCCGGUCCUACACUUUUGGGUGAUCGCACUAGUUGUGCCCACUUCUUCAACUUUACCUCCAAAGCUUAGUUACUAAAGGGCCCGAAUAAAAUAUAUGCAUAUCUUGAUGGAGAUGGUCAAUCUUCUCUAUCAAUUUAGAGGAUUAUAUUAUGUUUCUGGAGUUCUACAGGCAGAGCCACGGGUUGUGAGCAGGGGAUGCCAUUCUCGGAGAUCCCCUGUUUUUUAGUCUUAGUUACGGACCAAUUCUUAACUCUAUCAGUCUGCCAUUGCCAUACUUCAACUUGCAACCCUAUGCAGGAAUGAUUUGAUUCUCUCAGACCCUUCUGCAUUAAACAUGAUUCCACAUG